AUGAAGAAGACCUCAGAUAACAAUAGAUUUCUACCAAUUAAGAACAAUAGAGAUAAUAUAAAACUAGUUCAAACAUAUUAUGUUCCUCAGGAACAAAUCACUAUCCUAUCAGCAUCUAAAUUGUAUGAUGAAACUACAAUUUCCUUACCAAAAGGAUAUAAUACUUUAGAAACAUCUGAGGGUGAAAGAAUAAAUACAUUAAUAAAAAAUGAUUCUAUUUGGGUAAAAGCAGAAGAAAUUAUUGAUAUGCUAAAAGAUAAAGUGUAUCAUAUUAGGCCAGAAAAUCCUGUCGUACACAAAUCAACUAUGGAAUUAGAAGAAGCUCAUAUAAGAUUGAAUCAUAUUCCCAAACGAAUCAUUACAGAAAGGGCCAAGAAAAAUAUCUACGAGGAUGUAAGUAUUAUAAAAGAUACAAAUAAAGAAGAAGAUUGGUGUGCUACGUUUAUAUCUGGAAAAAUGACUUAUCAUUUUCAUAACAAGAACGCUAUGAACUAUUACAAUAAAAAUAAAUUACCAGGUGAAUCAUGGUCAAUUAAUGUGUUUGGUCCAAUAAAUGGUCUACAAGUAAAUCAGCAUAGAAAAGUUAACUUAAUUAUCAAUUAUAAAGGCACUGCAUUUCCAAAUAUUGAAUUGAAAGAAGUCUUAAAAGAUAUGGGUAUUCAAUUAAUACUAACUCCAAUUCAAGUUGGUUCUAAUAAUGCUAGAGCUAAAAGAAAUAUCUGUUCUAUCAUAAAUGAUAUAAAAAGGAUGUUACUUCAGUCUAGAAUACAAUUUAGAUUCUGGAAAUAUGCUGUUCAGGCUGCAGUUGAUAUCAGAAACUGUUAUUUUAACAGGACAAUUAAUGAGGCUCCAUUACAAUCAAUUUCAAAUAUUAAAUCAGUUAUACAACUUAGAUCAUUUUUACCGUUUGCUGCUCCUGCCUCAUUAUGGUAA